GGAUUAAAUGGACGCGUGCAGUGAUAGAAAGUGAAGCUGGACGCCAUGACCCUUCGCUCAUUUCCUCCUCAUCAAAUCCUUAUGCUACCCCAAAGCAAGUAAAGGUUCCAAAUACUGGAUUCAACGCAGAAUGGAGCACAUAUCAUCCAAUGAGGUUUCACAAAGCAUGCAGUGUGCACUGAAAGAAGUGGUUGAUGUAACGAGAGAAAUAGCAGACAUGAGUUUGAGUAUCGUAACUAAAUUACAAAGACCGUUGGUAGAUACACGUGACCACAUCCAAUGUCUUGUGAAAGAAACUUGGACUCUUUUCACAACCAUAAACCAAAAAGUUCGGAUGGGUCAGGAGAUUCUGAAGAAGAAAUUGCCACAUAAUUUAAGUUUAUCGGACACACAGGAACAGGAACAACAAGUUGAAACGUUUGCCGUCACAGAAAAUCCGCAGUCUAUCCUAACAGAAUCAAUGACUGCUCUAGCGCCUUUUUCGGUGAAGUUGCCAUCAACACCGCCUGUAAAUACUUCUAUGUAUCCCAAAACCAGGGACUUAUUUAAACAAGUUCUACAAAAGACACCUAGUCAGAGAAAAUCGUUGCCGCCUCGUGUGCCAAAGAACGGCGGCAAAGUUUUGGUAAGAAAUGUCAGAAAAGCUAUUGGCGAAGAAAACACAUCUUUGAAUGACGUCAUGGGGAAGGAAGACAUCACAUCCGAUGACGAAAAGUACACAUCUGCUCAUGCCAUGCAAAGCCAGAUACAGAUUAUGCGAUCAGAAAUAGUCGAUAUACAUCAAUUCGAAUACCUAAUGACGUGGAUGGCUGAACAACCGUCUGGAGACUUUGCUGCUACAGCUAAAAGGCUGCUCGAGUGGUUGGCUGAAGAAUUCAUUGCAGGCGUUACACGAGGAAUGCAAUAUAUUGAUACAGCAUCUGGAGACUUUGAUGUUCAGCUGCUCGAUUUGGGCCAAUUUCUUAGUGAAAUAAAUGAAGAAGUGAAAAAGGUCAAGCAGUCAGAAAAUUUGCCAGUUCGGGGAAAUGGUCCAGAUACCAUUCUAUGUCUCGACACGUCAGCUAGUAUGUACGGAGACAAUUUCAGCGAAAUGAUCAUUGCUGCAAAUCAUAUUAUUGAUGGUGUUGAGGAACUUGCCAAAAAUGAAGCUGUGCAGGGAAAUGUAGCAGUGGCCACAUUUGGAGCCCAACCUAUUGUCGCCAACCACCUCACGAAUGAUUACUCAAAAGUCAGGAAUGUACUUGAUUUUCUUGUUGCUGAAGGCCCAAGUACACUCUAUCGUGGCCUAUUGAUGUCUAUAGUGGCUUGCAUUGGUAACUACGCAGAGGUUUCUGUCAACGAUGUUCCAUUGAUGGCUCGCGUCAUAGUGUUGACCGAUGGAAAGUUUUCUGCUCAGGAUGCAAAGGACGAGCAUUAUAGGUUUUAUCCCCAGAAUGAUAUCAUGGUCCCAUCAGCAGCAAACCUGAUGAAAUUGAAAGGGAUUGUUUGUGACUGUGUUCAAAUAGGAGCUUCAUCAGAAUCGAUACUUUUGCAAAGUUUGACCAAAACUACAAACGGCAAAGUAUUUCCCGAUGAUCAUGUCGAUGAACUCGUCAAUAUGCCAUCGUAUUUGUUUGCAGCAACCAAACUACUUCGCCAGUUUCAAGAUCUUGUGGAAGGAGAUAAAGACGCAAGACAGAAUGAGGAAGCUACACUUCACGCAUUAUUGGAUUCAGAAAGUUCAAGUAGAGAGGCGAUCGAAAGAGAAUUUUCCGAAUCAGAAAAAGAAAAUAUUAUCGCAAUCGCCAUGAAUUUUCUCAAACUGCCAGUAAGAAAGGUCGCGGAACAACAAGAAUACCUAGUUAAGGAACUCGAGCUAGAGCUGCCCCCUGUCGGAACGCGAGUCAGACGUGGUCCAGAUUGGGAUCCAAAGGACAACAUAGACUCGAAUGGACCUGGCACAGUAGUCUGCCACAACAAUAACGGUACUGUAUCUGUGUUGUGGGACUGUGGUAUCGGACCUUUACCAUACCACUGUUACGAUCCCUGCCAAGUGCUGUCCACAGACAAUGACGAACGGGCGGUUAGGGACGAUGGAUGGAUACAAGUCGGCUGCAAGGUUGUAAGAGGGCCGGAUUGGACUCACGGUGAUGAUGACGGAGGUCAGGGUUCAUGUGGCGUUGUGUGUUUGUGUACAAGGAAAGGGACAGUUACGGUUCGUUGGCCAAGUAGGAAAAUUGGGGAAUACAGAUACGGGGAUGAAGUGGUAUUGCUGGACACUUCAGAAGAACAUGCUCAGGCAGCAGGGUAUGAUCGGAGUAUUAGUACACGUGAGUUUGAACCAGGAAACAAACAUAAUCCUAAAGAAUAUCGGAAGAUUCGUAUGCCUGUUUCUGACAACUCGAAUUUGAAGCUUCUGAAGCAAAGCAUAUUUGGCGGUCUUAUUAAAAAAGACAGAGCAGCAGACGUUCAACUGAAACCGGAAUCAGACAGCAGCACCCCAGAUGUUCAAGCGAAACCAGAAACGGAGAGUUACAUUCCAUUUUUGUGGAGUUAUCAACAGGAAGGUCAAGUCGAAUGGACUUCAUUUGAUGCUAGCAACAACGGAAAGCUAGAAUCUGAUUGGUCCAAACAGCGCAAAACCACAAUGGUUUCAGCUAAUAACAAAAGGUACAGAGUUGCUUUCGAAAAAAUGACAAUGUCUUUCAUAGGCGGCAAUAAUGAAGACAAACAGCUGAGGAUAGACGUGAAACGGGAACGAAGAAACACGCAAGGUGUGGAACAAACGGAAGAUUGACAUUUUUCCUCGGUGACAAAGCUUGACCUUCUUAUAUUUAAUAUAUGAUAGACUGUUAUCACUUAAUGUGCCCAGGAACCAUACAGAAAAAAUAUUGCAUUUCUACAUAUAAGGAACAAAAUCAAAAUUGACAUUGAACACAAAAUGAUAACUUCAGGAACCAAGAAGUCAUCAAAACAAACGGAGGGCUCUAUUAAACCCCUUAAAUCAUUAAAAUUGGACUUGUCCAGUUUGUGAUUUGAUUGGUUAAAAUGUGACUUCAGGGAUGAAACGUUUAAAUCGCAGACGAAACAUUCUUAUCCAGUGCAAUGUAUCACCUACUGUCUUAUGUGAAAGUACAGGAUCACGAAAGUCAAAAACAGUGCUAGACACAGAACAAAUGAUUGCAAUAAUGGCAGCCAUUUAGAUAUUAUUUUUUUAUAAUCGGAUCACGAUUACAAUUUCAAUAUUGAAUACGUACCCAUGUACCAUAUCCUGGAGCUCUGUAUAAGUGACGGUCGCUCUAUCUAAUUGAGCUAUCUGGUAGUCUCUGUAUUGGUGACGGUCGCUCUAUCUAAUUGAGCUAUCUGGGAGUCUUUGUAUUAGAGACGUUCCAUCUAAUUGAGCUAUCUGGUAGUCUCUG